CAGGUGAUCUGUGACGCCAACGACCCGAUAUCGCUCGUUUCAGAGUUUUGUACUUUAAAUGCAGAGACCGGUACCAAAGAUGAGGGACCGCUGGCGAUCAUUCGGAAGAAUGUCAAGGCUGCUCCGUUCGUUCCAACGAAGAAUUUGUCAGAUACGGUAGCUUUGGCGUCGCUGUCUUUCAUCGAAACGCAACUAUGCUCUGCGGCAGCCUUAAGAUCUGCCGAAGAGUACUGUUUUUGGUUGCUGAACUUAAUUCAGCAUCUCGUGGACAGAGAUAACGUUGUUAAACUUCGAAGCAUUUGUCAGUCGUUGGUCGAACCAGAGUCGAAGUCCUAUCAGGUUCCUUUGUCAUCCUCGUUUGAAAUUUCAAAGAUAUCGGUGCUGAAAGAGGCGUUAAAAAUCAUUGCGCUCAAUCCAAAGUUGCAGAGGCUGUACGCCGAAUUUCACGAUCUGUUAAAAAAGUCUACGGAUGAUGUUUUUGAAGUCAUUGCCUCAUCCAUGAGUUGA